AUGUUAUCCAGCAUCCAGUUCAAUACUACGCUGGAGACGAUGCUAUGCAUACUCAUCGUUCUCGUCUCCCCGUUCCUCACCACCUGGCUUAUCACUAACGUCAAGGCACGUAAUGGGCCCUGGCAGAAGGGAGAGCCUCCGUUGAUCCCUUAUAUCAUUCCGUGGCUUGGUCAUGCGUUGUCCUUCCGCCGCGGGACGACUCGUUUCUCGAGCUGGGUUAAGGAAAAAUACCAUAACGUCCCAGUGUCGCGAACGUUAAUGGCAGGGAAUAAUCUCUAUACAAUUUUUGACCCUAAGCUUGCAAGGGAGGUAGAUCGUCGCCCAAAGGUUUUCACCUUUGACCCGGUUGUCUUGCUCGUGAAUAAAGCAUUUGGAGCCCCCCAAGCCGAUCUAAAUAUCCUGGAGAGAGAUCACCUUGGACCAACUCAGAGAACAACCAGCAAUAGCGACGGCCAAGGCAUGAUCGCUGAACUCCAUCGACAACAUUUCCCUUACCUCAAUGGUCCAAAUUUACCCGCCAUGAUAUCUAAAUUUAGUGCGAUUUUGAGUGCAAAUUUAGAAAACGUGUUUCAAAGGAAAGGAAGCUGUGACACCAGCGACGCAUGGAUAACGCUGGAUUUUAGAGGGUUUCUUAUGCGGCAGUUCACGCUUGCUUCCAUUCCGAUGUUGAUGGGGACUCGUAUUUUGGAAAUUUGGCCCCAAGCAUUCGAAGAUAUUUGGGAAUUUGAUUCGUGGGCAUUAGUGCUCACAAUGAACUUACCCAGCAUAUUUAUACCAGAGGCAGCUGCAAGCCGAGAUGCGAUGGUCUCUGCUUUAGAGAGAUGGGAGGAAGAGGCAUCCAGGCACCGAAAAUUCGAGGAUGUGGAAUCAGAAGAUCCCGCGUGGGAUGAAUAUUGGGGCGCCAGCACAACUGCCAACGCCAUUCCGGCCGCCGCGUGGAUGUUGAUACAUUGCGUUCUCGAUACGCAACUCCAGUGUCGAGUUCGUCACGCAAUAAUAUCGUCUAAAAGGAAAGAUGGCACGGUGGAUAUCGAAAGCCUCGCCGCGAACAAGCUCGUAAAAUCGCUAUUCCUUGAGAUACUUCGUGUAUACGUGUCCUCACCAUCAGUGCGACUGGUCUUAGAAACGACCGAACUCGGCGGUUACGUGUUUCACAAGGGGGGCACGAUAUUUAUCCCCGGCAGAGAAAUGCAAAAUGACCCAAAUGUCUGGUCUCCAAACGACUCGUUUCCAGAUGCUUCUGAAUUUUGGGCCGAAAGAUUUAUUGAUGAAGAACAAGACGAGAACAGAAGCAUAGGAAAAGAGAUUAAUGGGUGUAUCAAAUUGGAGGCUGAAAGUGAACAACACGUAGCCAUAAAAGAUGGACAGACACUGUCUGCGGACGCGAUGACGAUACCCGGCAGAACAAGAUCAAAGUCAUUAAGAGACCGAAUGUAUUCAAUGCGCCCGUUUGGAGGCGGUACCUCUUUUUGUCCGGGAAGAAAUGUCGCGAUGUACGAAAUCGUUGCUGCCGUGGUGGCCAUAUUGUCGGCGUUCGACAUUGAAGUUGACAAAGAAGCCCUAGCGUCGAAUGGAAUGCCACAACCAAACUUUGACUUGUCCGGAACUAUGGGUCCUGAUAGGCAGUUUAUAGUGAGGAUGAAGAGGCGAACGGCCGCGAAAUAG